GCACAUUCCACGCUGCGAUUGCAAACACACCAACAACAUCACUGCAACCACCCAUGACGUCACAACCAUGCCAGCACGGACUGCUGCCACCAUUCCUCCACCCCAUCAACCCACCACCUUAUCAAUUGACAUCUCUAGUUAUCCAAGCACGCAGAAGUACACCGAACCUCAAGCAUAAACAAACUAAUGGCCCGACCAACCAUGGGCAAACUAUCCUUCGAGGCUUACCCCCUCCGACCCGUCCCCGGCGCCCCGGCCCCGCCUGUUGCGGCCCACCUUCCCGUCUUCAUCUACGGCACAGCCUGGAAAAAAGAGCACACGGCCGAUCUCGUCCAUCAGGCUAUCAGCAGUGGGUUUCGCGCCAUAGACACGGCGGCCCAGCCUAAGCAUUACCGUGAAGACCUGGUGGGCGAGGGUGUGCGUAGGGCGAUUCGGGAGGGGAUUGUGCGGAGAGAGGAUCUUCAUAUCCAAACCAAAUUCACCUCCGUCAACGGCCAAUCCCCCAACAACAUGCCCUACGACCCCUCAACAAGCAUCACCCAGCAAGUGCACGCCUCAAUCGCCUCCUCCCUACACAAUCUCCGCACCAACGACAGCACCCCCAAACCGCAAGGCAGCGACAAAGGAACUUCAGAAGACAGCUAUAUCGACGUCCUCCUGCUCCACUCCCCCCUCCCAACAAUGUCCCAAACACUCGAAGCCUGGACAGCAGCCGAAACAUACGUACCGCACCGCAUUCGCAACCUCGGCAUCUCAAACACAACACUUCCCAUCCUGCGGGAGCUCUCGUCGCUAGUCCGUGUUCCGCCCGCCGUCGUGCAGAACCGGUUCUACGUUGCGACGCAGUUUGACGUCCCGCUGCGUGAGUUCUGCCGCGAGCAGCGUGCGGGAAUCGUCUAUCAGAGCUUUUGGACGCUGACGGCUAAUCCGGAGUUGCUGCGGUCUAGGCCGGUUGGGGAGUUGGCGGAGUGGGCGGGUGUGAGUAGGGAGCAGGCGCUGUAUUGUUUGGUGCUGGGGUUGGGCCGCACGACUGUGCUGAACGGGACGACGGAUCGGGGCAGGAUGUGGGGGGAUUUGGCGGCUUUGGGGGCUGUGGAGAGGGUGGCCGGGGAGAAGCCCAAGGUCUGGGAAGAGGUGUUGGAGGAGUUUAGGGGGUUGGUUGGGGACAGUGUUGCUUUGUAG